AUGGCUCGAACAGAAACAUCGAAUUUUAGCCAUCCAACACCAAUCAACAAUUUGACGUCUUCAGUUUCACCGCGUUCGUAUAAUAAUCCAACUAAUUUAACCAAAGAUCAAAUUCAACGUAGUGAUAUUGUUAAAACUGAAUUUACGGCACGUGAAGGCGUAUAUAAAGUUUCUUCAAUAAUUGAUAACCUUGGAAAGUUCGGUACAAAUACAUGUCUCACUGAAUCGGUGAAAAUAACAUUGAUGACUCGAAUACGAACAGUUGUUGAUUCGAAUAGUCAAACAAGUUCGAGGCGUUCAUCAGCAUUGAAUAAUCAAAAUUCAAUAACAAAUAGUAUAGAUAAUCAAUCAACUGAAAAUUCAAAUGAAAUUAAACCUUCAUCGAUAUCAAAUGGUAUUGAAAUAAAUCAACCAAAUGGAAAUGUGAUUAUAACUGAAAUAAUAGCAUUUAAUGUCGGACGAGAGUUGAUUAUUUAUGAAUUUGCUGAAGCAACACAGUCUAAUUUCGGUGAACCCAUCGAUCAUCGAAUUUAUAAACAAAAUCAUCAGCCGACAUGCCAUGAUAUAAUUCAACAUCCCGAUACAAAUAUUUUACAUAUACUUGUUGGCUUUUCCAAAGGACAAAUACAGUAUAUAAAUACGCAAACCAAAGAACAAAAAGUAUUCAACGAAGGCAGUUACUUGGAUAAAACAAAAGUCACAUGUAUUAAAUGGUUGCCAUCGCCAAAAACAUAUUUUGCUGCUUCGUACUCCAGUGGUUAUUUGUAUAUAUUCGAUGAACAACUCAAUCAUCAACGUGAUACAACUGUUCAACCGAGUUACACAACAAUAAAAGAUGAUGAAAAGAAUUUUUCAAUAUCUUAUUUAAAAAAUAAAAGUAAACAAGCACGUAAUCCGGUAUCCCGCUGGUCGAUUGGCAGUGGCAGUAUUAACGAAUUUGCAUUUUCACCUGAUCAUGUUCUACUAGCUGUCGUAUCACAAGAUGGAUUUCUUCGAAUAUUUAAUUAUGAAAAGAAAGAAUUAGUUGCUUAUAUGCGAAGUUACUUUGGUGGCCUUCUUUGUUUAUGUUGGUCGCCCGAUGGUAAAUAUCUCGCAACUGGCGGUGAAGAUGACUUUAUCACAUUGUUUUCUAUUGAUCUUGAAGAACAUGCUCCACGUGUUUUAUGUCGUGGUCAUGGUCAUACAUCCUGGAUAAGUGCAAUAUCGUUUGAUCCCUAUAUGAAUGCUAAAACAUACUAUUCAUCAUUUGCUCAAAAACCCUCAUCAUCAUUAAAUGAUGACAAUGGUAAUUACUAUAGUAGAAUGACAAAAUCAAAUUCAUAUUCACAUAGCAAUUCAUCAUUUUGCGAUACAAAUAUCCCAUCGUUAUUUUAUCGUAUUGGUUCCGUUGGCCAAGAUAAUCGCCUAUGUUUUUGGGAUAUAACAGAAGAUAUACUUAAAAUCAACAAAGUCCAUUUAAGUAAUAUUCAAAGAAAUUCCUCAAUACACCCGCUAACAUCGAUAUUAUCAAAUGGUCAUGCAUCGCUUCUAUCUGACACAACGUCAUUGAUAUCAUCAACAUCAACGACAUCAGCGGCGACGAGGAAAUCAUCUUUUUCAUCGUUAACAUCACGUUUAGCAUUCGCACGUAGUUCAAAUAAAGUUCAUAAAUCUAUCGAUGAUACACCUGAUAGUUCAUUAGUAAGACUUGCCAACGGCACGUCCAAAAGAACAAAAAAGUUACCAUUACUAUCACAUGUAGCAAAUGGAUCGAAACCUGCAACAGCGCCCUCAUUAACAAAUACAACAGUAUCAAAUGAUUCCGGCCAAUCAUCAUUAUCAUCAUCGGCAAAUAAUACUUUAUCGUUACGUCGAACAAAUUUUGAUUUAACAAAAACUACAUUCGGAACAAGUUUAUGUCCACGAUUAGAUGAUAUACAAAUUAUUGAACCGAUUGUUGCAGAGUUUAUUUCACAUGAACGUAUCAAUGGAAUUUAUUUUGGAGAAAAUUGUUUGUUUACAUCAUCCCAAGAUGGAAUUAUAACCAUCUGGGAAAAACCGCACAAUAUUCUACAGACUGAUCCUACUGAUGAUCAAACAACAAGCUCAGCGACUUUAAUCAACAGUAAUUCUCAUCAUUCAGCCAUUUCUCAAUGA